AUGCCCUCGAUACUUGGCGUUAUCACCGCCAUCAGCUCAGUUGCGCUACGAAUCAGCCUUUGGAUAUUCUUGCGAUGGAUUCCGACCAGUCUUGGUCCCCCGGUUGCAACCAUCUUGACUCUCAUCUAUAUCCCGUCGUUCCUUCUCACGAUCCAGGAUACCGCGCAUUUCAAGCUCAUAUCAGAUGAGCUUGACAUUGUGGUCAAAGAGACAUUGACUCAAGGUGACACCCCCGACUCAGAAGAGGCGGAGCUGCUCGAAGGGGCGGAGGAUGCCUCCCUGCAGGAGCUGGACGUCCAGGAGACUGUUGUGUACGAGGAACGAGAGCCGAAGAUCUUGCGUACUCUACUCACGGGGAUGCCAAGCCCAGCCUCCGCCUUCUGGAGUUGGGUCACUUUCGGCAUCAAUAUGGCUCUAGUAGCCAUGGCGCUGGACGUAGUCUACCGCGCCCCUCUGCUGCACUCGUGCCAUGAUGCCUCAUUCGCGCGGGCUGGAUAUGUCUCCCAUGACCGUGCUAAGAUCCUGGUUAGGGAGACGUAUGCCUUUGACAUCAAAGUCCUUUAUCGGCCACUCGAUACACCGCGGAGCCACUGGAAGCAGAAAGUCGUACUAGCGAGCCAACCCGAGUAUUGGUUGACGAAUGACACAGACUUCACUUUGCCCAUUCAGAUCGACUCCUUGCACUCUGACACGCCGUAUGAGUAUGUCGUUGAGACGUCCAAAGGAAAUGUGACGGGAACAUUUACAACGGCGCCCCGCCCAGGCCAUAUAUCUGCACACAGCGCCCGGCAGAAUAAGUAUACCUUUGUCCAUUCCAGCUGUAUCAAGGCCCGCGUCCCCUAUACGCCCUUUCAGCAUCCGCUCGAGUUCCCUGGCUUGAAGCACCUCGCCCAGUGGAUACCAGAGUUGAAACCCUAUUUCAUGCUUUUUCUAGGCGAUUUCAUCUACAUCGAUGUUCCUCGGAGAUUUGGGACGGAAGCUGAGCACUAUCGUCGUGAGUAUAGACAGGUGUACUCGUCGCCCUCCUGGCCUGCCGUCAGUCACAAUCUGCCGUGGAUUCAUGUGAUCGACGACCACGAGAUCCAGAACGAUUGGAGCGGGAACACAACUGGGGUCUUCAACGCGGCGUAUGACGCGUUCACACAUUAUCAUGUCAGCGUGAAUCCUCCAAGACACAGAGAAGGGCAUACCUACUUUUCGUUUGUCCAUGGGCCGGCCGAGUUCUUCCUCAUGGAUACUCGGCGCUACCGGAGCCCAGCGAGCCGCAACGCCACCGACGAAAGGAAGACCAUGCUUGGAGAGCAACAGUUGGCUGACCUGCUAGCAUGGAUUCGUCGAAAACCCAUGCAAGGGGUACGUUGGAAGAUCCUCGUCACAGGGAUCCCCUUCACGAAGAACUGGCGUUUCGGUAAUCCCCGCCCUUCCCGAGAUCGCAUAUGUAGCAAGUUUGGGGCUAACACAUCUGGUCUAGGUAUCGAAGAUACCUGGGCCGGUUAUCUGGUCGAACGACGCAAGAUCCUUGAAGAAGCGUGGGAAUUCAGCUCCCACCACGGUGUCGGCGUCGUGGUCCUGAGCGGCGAUCGCCACGAAUUCGCAGCCACGUCCUUCCCGCCACCACGAGACUCCAAGUGGCCCGUCAGCGCCACAGUGCAUGAGUUCAGCACCAGUCCCUUGUCCAUGUUCUAUCUGCCCACGCGAACCUACACUGAGGUCGAUGAAGAGGAUGUCUGUAUGAAGUAUCUACCCGACGGCAACUCGAAGUUUGGGGCCGUUGAGAUCACCGCGCCGGAACAUAGCGAUCAGAGCUUCCUCAAUUACCGACUGUUCAUUGAUGGGAAGGAGGCUUGGACUCAUACCAUCUCUACGCCGCCUACCCAAGGAAGUGGGAGAGUCAGAGAUGCGGUUUGGGGUUAA